CAUGCUGAGAGAUGACUUAGAUCGUAAUCAAAACAGUAAGAGACUAGACGUCGUGCGGUAAACGGAGCUACGCGGAAAAGUUGUAUUUUGCGUAAUUUACUCGAUUUCUUUUUAAAUCAAAAAUGUCAACGCCAGAAUAUCCUUAUGAAAUCAAAGACUUAGGACCGGAAGAAACAGCAGAAGCUUUCAAAUACUUCGGUAAUUGUACGAACAUGGUAGAUGGUUUAGUGCGAGUAGGCCCUAAAGGCUAUUUCUUUAACAGCGGAAUGAAAAAAGAUGCAGCUCCUAUCUAUAAUAUGCCCAUAAGAUCCGACGAUGUAUUCGUAGUGACGUUCCCGAAGUCAGGUACCACUUGGGUCCAGGAGCUCGUGUGGUUAAUUGGAAAUAAUUUUGAUUACGAAACAGCUGCAGCUAUCCCUCUUAUUAAAAGAUCUCCAUUUUUAGAGCACUCAAGUUUUUGCAACGGCGAAAAUACUCGGAAUGUAUUAUUAGAAAUUUUAAAAGGAGAUGAAAAAAAGAUACAGUUUUUUAAAGAAUUGCUAAAACCAAGUUAUAAAAUGGUGGAGGCGCUGCCGUCGCCGCGCUUCGUGAAGUCGCACCUGCCGCUGUCGCUGCUGCCGCUCGGCUUGCUGCGCGCGCGCGUGGUCUACGUGGCGCGCGACCCGCGCGACGUCGCGGUCUCGUACUACCACCACGCUCUACUUUUUAAAAAUUAUUGCUUCACUGGCGAUUUCAAAAAUUUCUGGGAUUAUUUUAGAAAGGAUAUGCUUGACUGGACUCCAUACUUUGAACAUAUAAAAGAAGCGUGGGACAAACGAGAUCAUCCAAACAUGCUGUUCCUUUUCUACGAAGAACUAUUGGAGGACCUGGCCGGCGCGGUGCGGCGCGUCGCGAAGUUCCUCGGCGCGCCCGUGAGCGAGGAGCAGGUGGUGCGCCUCUGCGACCACCUCAGCUUCCACAACUUCAAAAACAACAAAUCCGUCAACUUCGACGUCAUGAGGGAAAUGGGUUUAAUGAGCGAAGACGGACAUUUUGUUAGAAAAGGCAAGGCGGGCGGCUGGCGCGAGUACUUUGACGAGCAGAUGGCGGCGCAGGCGCAGCAGUGGAUCGACGACAACCUGCGCGGGACCGACCUACGCUUCCCGAGUGGCAAGAAAUAGAGUAUUAUUGACAUACCUACUUAAGAGAGACAAUUUGAUGUGUUUAUUGUGUCGAUUUGUAAUAAAGUAU